AUGGUGAGGUUCACGGCGGAGGAGCUCCGCGCGAGCAUGGACAAGAAGCACAACAUCCGGAACAUGUCCGUGAUCGCCCACGUUGAUCAUGGGAAAUCGACGCUUACCGACUCGCUGGUGGCGGCGGCUGGCAUCAUCGCGCAGGACGUGGCCGGCGACGUGCGGAUGACGGACACGCGCGCGGACGAGGCGGAGCGCGGCAUCACCAUAAAGUCGACGGGCAUAUCGCUCUACUACGAGAUGGCGGAAGAGUCCCUCGAGAGGUUCGACGGCGUGCGCGCCGGCAGCUCGUACCUCAUCAACCUCAUCGACUCGCCCGGGCACAUCGACUUCUCCUCCGAGGUGACGGCCGCGCUCCGCAUCACCGACGGCGCCCUCGUCGUCGUCGACUGCAUCGAGGGCGUCUGCGUCCAGACCGAGACCGUGCUCCGCCAGGCGCUCGCCGAGCGGAUCAAGCCCGUCCUCACCGUCAACAAGAUGGAUCGCUGUUUCCUUGAGCUCCAGCAAAACGGCGAGGAGGCGUACCAGGUGUUCUCCCGCGUGAUCGAGAACGUGAACGUGACCAUGGCGCCGUACGAGGAUGCUAAGCUGGGCAACUGCCUGGUGGCUCCGGAGAAGGGCACGGUGGCCUUCUCGGCCGGGCUGCACGGCUGGGCCUUCACCCUGUCCAGCUUUGCCAAGAGAUAUGCGGCCAAGUUCAAGGUGGACGAGGCCAAGAUGAUUGAGCGGCUCUGGGGCGAGAACUUCUUCGACCCGGUCACCAAGAAGUGGACGAACACAGAGACGAACUCGCCGACGUGCCAGCGCGGGUUCGUUCAGUUCUGCUACGAGCCCAUCCGCCAGAUCAUCUCGGCGUGCAUGACCGACGACAAGGAGAAGCUGUGGUCGAUGCUGGCGAAGCUCGAGGUCACGCUCAGGGCCGACGAGAAGGAGCUCACCGAUAAAAAGCUGAUGAAGCGCGUCAUGCAGGCGUGGCUGCCGGCGAGCGACGCCCUCCUCGAGAUGAUCAUCUUCCACUUGCCGUCCCCGGCCAUGGCGCAGCAGUACCGCGUCGAGACCCUGUACGAGGGGCCCCUCGACGACCCCUACGCCACCGCCAUUCGCAACUGCGACCCCAAGGGACCCCUCAUGGUCUACGUGUCCAAGAUGAUCCCAGCGAGCGACAAGGGGAGGUUCUUCGCCUUCGGCCGCGUCUUCUCCGGUACGGUGGGCACCGGCAACAAGGUGCGGAUCAUGGGCCCCAACUUCGUGCCCGGCGAGAAGAAGGACCUGUACGUCAAGACGAUGCAGCGCACGGUGAUCUGGAUGGGCAAGAAGCAGGAGUCCGUAGAGGAUGUCCCCUGCGGCAACACCGUCGCCAUGGUCGGCCUUGACCAGUUCAUCACCAAGAACGCCACGCUCAGCGACGAGAAGGCGGUGGACGCUCACCCGAUCAAGGCGAUGAAGUUCUCCGUGGCGCCGGUCGUGCGCAAGUCGGUGGCCUGCAAGAACGCCUCCGAGUUGCCCAAGCUCGUGGAAGGGCUGAAGCGCCUCGCCAAGUCGGACCCCCUGGUGGUGUGCACCAUCGAGGAGUCCGGCGAGCACGUCAUCGCCGGAGUGGGGCAGCUCCACCUGGAGAUUUGCCUCAAGGAUCUCCAAGAGGACUUCAUGAGCGGCACCGAGAUAAUCGUUGGCCCGCCAAUCAUCACCUACCGCGAGACCGUCGUCAGCAACUCGUGCCGCACCGUCUUGAGCAAGUCGCCGAACAAGCACAACAGGCUGUACAUGGAGGCCCGGCCGCUGGACACGGACGAGGAUCAGCAGCAGGAGAAGAAGGCGCUGUCCAAUGCGAUUGACGACGAGCGCAUCGGCCCCAAGGACGACGUCAAGGAGCGCGCCAAGAUCCUCUGCCAGGAGUUCGGCUGGGACAAGGACCUGGCCAAGAAGAUCUGGGCCUUCGGUCCGGAGACCAAGGGCCCCAACAUGUUCGUCGACAUGUGCAAGGGCGUCCAGUACCUGAACGAGAUCAGGGACUCGGUGGUCGCCGGCUUCCAGUGGGUGUCCAAGGAAGGCGCGCUCGCCGAGGAGAACAUGCGCGGCGUCUGCUUCGAGCUCUGCGACGUCGUGCUGCACUCCGACUCCAUCCACCGCGGCGGCGCCCAGAUCAUCCCGACCGCACGCCGGGCCAUGUACGCCGCGCAGCUCACGGCGUCGCCGCGCCUGAUGGAGCCCAUGUACCUGGUGGAUAUCCAGGUGCCGCAGGCGGUGGCGGGCAACGUCUACACCGUGGUGCACAGCCGGAGGGGCAGUCUGGUGGAGAUCCUUAGGCCCGGCACGCCAUUGGUCAACCUCAGGUUCUACCUCCCCGUCGCCGAGUCGUUCGACUUCACCGAGAGGCUCCGCGCCGACACGUCCGGCCAGGCAUUCCCGCAGUGCGUCUUCGACCACUGGAAGAUCAUGCCGUCUGAUCCGCUCGUGGAGGACUCUGAUGCGGCUAAGGUGAUCGCCGAUAUCAGGAAGAGGAAGGGUUUGAAGGACAUCAUGGUCCCGCUGUCAGAGUACGAGGAUAAGCUUUGAGCUGCCUCUUACAUGCUAUCCCUAUUUUUGUCUUCGUUCUUGUUCGAGCAUGACAGGGUGAGUAGCCGUUGUUUUUUGUCAGUUUAAGUUUAGGAAGGAAACUUAAGUUAAGUAGCAAGUUGUGCUUAAUAUGUAACCUUUGAGCAGAUUUUGUUAUGAAUAUUGUGUGCUACUACUAAAGCAUGAAUAGAAGUGUUGUUCGUCU